AUUGGACUUGUUUUCCUCCUGGCUGAAUUCUGUCAGAAACAUUGAAAGGUAAUUCGACAUGAAAACCGCAUUAGUGCUUGCUAUGUCAAUAGCUGCCGUUAUUGGGCAAACGUCCUUUGGCGGCGGUGCCUUUGGCGGCAGUGGCUUUGGCGGCAGAAGCUUUGGCGGCGGUAGCUUUGGCGACGUUGGCGGUGGCUUUGGCGGCAAUGACUUUGGCGGCGGUUGGGGUGGCUUUGGCGGUGGCCCUGGUGGCGUUGGCUUCGGUGCCCUUGGUGGCGGUGGCUUUAGCGGCGGUGGCGGUGGCCCUGUCGGUAGUGGCUUUGGGGGCGGUGUCUUUAGUGGCGGUUUUGGCGGCGGCGUCUUUGGUGGCGGUAUAUAUGGCGGUGGCUAUGGCGGCUAUGGUGGCUAUGGCAGUGGCUUUGGUGGCGGUUUUGGCGGCGGCGUCUUUGGUGGCGGUAUAUAUGGUGGCGGCUAUGGCGGUGGCUAUGGUGGCUAUGGCGGCUAUGGUGGCUAUGGCAGUGGCUUUGGUGGCUAUAGCGGUGGCUAUGGCGGUGGCUUCGGCGGCGAUGACGGUGACUAUGGCGGUGGAUUUGGCGGCGAUGACGAUGGCUAUGGCGGUGGAUUUGGCGGCGAUGACGGUGGCUAUGGCGGUGGAUUUGGCGGCGAUGACGGUGGCUAUGGCGGUGGAUUUGGCCACGAUAAUUAAUGUUUGAUUUUAUCAGUUGUACAUAUAAAUGAGCUACAAAAAAUAUCGCAUAGGGUAUUUAGCUUGGAAUAAGACUUUCGAUCUGGAUUGACAAACAAUAAGGUAUUUGGAUUUUAUGUUUUGAAUAGACGUAUAUAUCAUUUCUAUUGAUGAAGUUCAUGGUUUCCUUUUUUAAUAAACGGAAUACAAAUUUUUGGUCGUGGGUAAUUCAGUUUUGUAUCCAAAAGCUAAGACGCAACGAAACGUUGGGAUUGCAAUUUGCAAAUAAACAAACGACACAUAUCAUUUAUCUGAUAGGCCCUUUUUAGAUAUGUUGUGCUUUUCAGAGCUCAUUUAGGCCAUUUUAUUUUUUGUUUAUAUCCACGUAUCAUGGAUUAUAUUUACGGCACUAUAUUUACGUCGUACUUAACAAUACUUCAUACAACACGUAAACAGUAAAAUAAAAUACAUCUGAAUCUCCAUGCCAUGCAUAAUCACACCAUGUAUACAUGUGGUUACCGUUAAAAUAUUUUGUAGACAGUACUAUUAACCGAUUGCUCAUUGUCAAUUUAAUGUUUCAGUGUUAAGUGAAUUAUUUUGCCAGGCGAAUUGUGGAUCGUACCACUUAAAAAAUAUCGAGUCAGAUCAAGUAUUUUUAUUGCACUUAAGUUGCACAUAAAUAUAAAAAAGUGAUGAUUUUUGUAGUUUUUUUUAUUAUAUACAACUAUAACACAAUUCUUUUCUAAUUACUUGAAAAAAAUAUUUGUUUAAAGAUUUCAAAUGAAUGACAAUUAAGUGCAUACAAUUGCAGAAUACUGACCGUUAUCUUUUCUUACCCAGUUCGAAGUAAUUGCCUCGAGAACACUUUAUUGUUACCUUCCUUAUUAUCAGGGUGUCUGACUACACGGCAAACCUCGCCUUCUCAUCAUUCAUGAGUUUAUUUAUUACUUCAUCUUUUUAUUCAAAUUACUCCACUUUAUCAUUGUUAUUUAUUAUCAUGAGGCUUAAAAACUGAAUCGAACGUUUUAAAUAGUCUAUAAAGGUAUAUCAUUGUGUCCUUAAUUUAAGUUUUGAAUAUAUGUAGUAUACAAGAGAGAGAUUUUCAAAUAAGAUAAAUGCCUUAAUCCCUCGAACUGUGUUCUCAUUUAUACCAGAGUGCCUCUUAUAAUGUUAUAAAUCAGAUUUUCAAUUCAUUGUGUAAAAAGAGGGAAAUAGGCAUGUAUUGCAUAAUUCCCAAUUAAAGCAUUCGAUUAAUAACAGUGAGUAAGUUGGGUUUUACGGCAAAUCGACACAAAAUGGUCAUAUAUCGCCGAAGAAAUUAUCAAGCAUUCCAAACUUAUUAGCAACUAUGAUCAACUAUAAAGUCUUAUUUCCGGUCGGGAGAAAUUGGUAAUAAUAAUGCUUUUUAAUUAUACCAAUAGAGAAUUUUUCACAUUUAUGUAGGUUAUUGUUUUCUAAAUCGAAAAUAUACGGUAAUAAUGACUAUGCAUUUAAUGGUGCCCACUGUUCAUGUGUUGCUGACUAUUGCUGGGUACCUGGUGAAUUAAUUGCUAAACUGGUAAAUUCUGAAGUUAUUAAAACUUUUAAACAUAGUUGAAUUGGCUGAAUGUCUGAAAAGUCGUGGAUAAAAUGUAAACUAUGAAUCGGAGAAAUUAAGGCAUGUUUAUUUACAAUAAAAGAAAACAUUUUGACCGAAGUGUUCAGAAGGGGAAAACAAUUUAUACGUGGUUCUGGGGCAGAACUUGAGUUGCUAGCACUUUAUCUAAUCAGUUUCAAUAUUUCUGGAAAAACACUGGGAAACUAGGAAUUUGGAAUGACAGGUUAAGAAAAUGAAAUGCCUGCAAUCUAGAUUUAUAAGUUUUAUCUGAUUUAUAAAGAAACUGUUUUCCUCUUCUAAAGGGAUGAAACAGCUUGCUGACUUACCAAAAUUAGCCACUAGAUAUCAAAGUUAAGAAGGAUAGUCCAUCUUUUAACUUGUACAUGUAUUAGUUUUUGUACUCAGGAAGCAUCUAUCAUUAGUUUAUGUUCCAACGAAUAGUAUCGUUUUAGGUAUUUUGUUAGUGCUUUUUAGUAAAAUGAGGUUGCUGCUUUCAGUUUUUAGUUUUUACUAUGCAACUUUUACAAUACUAGUUAAGCAUUUAAAUUGUUGUCUAGUCAAUAGACAUUAAGGAAGUUCUGCACGUUUCGUAAACAGGAAUGGGUGGAGUAACGUCAUUUAUCCGGUUAACGUAGAAUAAAGCCUUGAUUCGGCCUACGGGAAUGAAAAUUAUUGUAUGAAUUAAUGUCAACCCGUGAGUAAAUUUAUUACAAUGGCAACGUUACUACCUUUCUAAAGUUAAAAUAUGGUAUUAAAACACGUGGCACGUUAAAUAUUUAAAAAAACAGCUUGAAAUGUGUAGAUCAUUUUAAUCAUUGGCAAAUAUCAAAAACAAGCACAUGGACCUAUGCAUUUAAUUUCACCAUAUUAUAGGCCAUUUGCUUAUUUACGACUGUGAAAAAUUUCAUUCAAAUCUACAUUGUAGAAAAAAAUUCUAUUCGCGAAAAUGUUAUGAAAAUUGUGAUUUUCCAAUAGACUCCCAAAAUGAAAACUUGCCUGAGGUACAAUUUGUUUUCAAAUCAGUCUAGCAAAAAAUCAAGCACACGACCCUAUCUUUUCUAUUUGUUGAAUUUUCUAAGUACAUUCUGAGGUUUUGAAAAAUCAUGGUUUAAUCAAAUUCUACAUUGAGGAAAAUUUUUUAUCCGAACGUGCAGAACUACCUUAACAAAGAUUUACAAGAAAUGACAAUUGCUUCUUUCUUUUGUAUUGUAUAAUAUUGCAAAAUACUUACUUCUUUAAUAUAUUAGUCAUAUUGAAAACAUGUCCCCAAUAAUUCUGAAUGAUUGCAUUAUUUUAGCUUUGUUACAUGUAAUUGUGUCAGAUGAUGUAUAUGAAACCGAAACUAUGAUAAAACAUAUUGUGUUGUAAUGUUAUGUAUGGUACUAUAUUGUGCUUUCAUAGACUACAAAAAUGUCAAAUACAUGAAUCUUUAAAAACAACGUAAUUAAUGUCAUGAAUGAGCCAUUAUUAAAGUUUCCUAUUAACAUUUUUUUCGUUCAAAAACAUUUUUUUAUUUAACUUUUAAUUUUCAGAUAAGGGAAACAAGUGAAACUUACAGCUGAAUCGUUUUUCUCUCGUAGGAUAUAACAACAGUUUAAUUACUGAUUUUUACAAACUUCUAUUAACAAUUUUAGUUUUAAAUAGCUUUCAUAUGAUAUUAACUAUUGUAUACAUUUAUAAUUUUUAAAUGAUUUUGUUAUGGAUGCAUAAGAAAGUAUAUUUGAUUUUUGUUCACAUAACGUCGAUUAUUAAGAAUAACCUAAAUUUGCUGAAAGUUUGAUUUGUUCGUAUAGCUUUAUUGAUGUGUAUUUUUAUAAUUUGGCAUUUUUUGUAUAUAUAAAUGGUCACAGGUAUUAUUAUGUGCAGAUCUAACAGCAGAUCUAAAACUUUUUUUUCCCCUAAUCACCUUAUUUAUUGUAGUAGGCUUAUUUAUUUCUUGUAAAUGAUUUCUGUCUAUUGUUAUAAAUCAUUAUUGUCAAAUCUUUUCGAACUGAUCUUGUUUUGUUCUUCUUCUCCCCAAAUCACCAAUAGAUCAAGACGAAAAUAAUCAUAUUGCUUUAUACCAUUUUUGGUCGAGUUACCUUGCUUUAAACUACACUAGAAUACAUUUGAUUGAGUAAUCGUGUUUUAUACCAUGUCCAGAUAUAUUUCAUUGAGUUAUGCAUUUAGUGUUUGCAUUUUCGCAGACUGCAUGCAACUUAAUUUACCAUAUGGAAGCGCAACCUGUUUAACAGUAUACGUUAUUAAUUUACAGAUUGAACUAUAUUCUGCAGCAAUAAAACUUGUUGUUUAAUUCAACGUAUAGACCGAACUACCUUGAAAUGCUUUUAAAACGCAACAUUUACUAAGCUUACAAUAACUCCUAUUGUUUCGAUUUAUUUUGUAGCCACUAUACGCAAAACUAUCAUUACAAAGAAAUAAAUAUUCACAUAACUGUGAGUUUGAGAGGUAACGGGAGACAAAAACUAAACCAUACAAAAAGACA